AUGGAAAAAACAAUUACCAUUAUAUUCUUGAUUCUUCUAGCUAUUGAUUUUUUGAAACCUCAAUAGAAGGAGGAAUAAUGGUAGGAGAGUUAAGAAUAAGUUGUAAAUCCUCCUACAAGGAAACAUGUUAAUAAUGGUAAAGUUGAAAUUCUCAUCUAAUAUUGCACAAGUUGA